UAGAUCAAUUACAAAACAAACCUAACCAUAAAUCAAACCGUUCUUACCAGAAAUUAAUUAAAUUCUAAACUAAAUAUCUAACAAUGGCUUCAACUAUGAUUCCGAUCCAAGCUUGUGCCACCAGAUCCAGCCACCGUGUUCCAGAUCCCGAUCGCCGGAGAAAUUCUUCUCCCAACUGGUGGAGUCCUCUGUUCGGUUGGUCUUCAGAGCCUGACUACAUUGAUUCCGAGAACAAAGCACCGAAUCCGCAACCGGAAUCAAAUCCGGCAUCGAAGCCGUCGAAACUGCGUUUCGCCGGUGGUCUUACGGAGGAGAAAGCGAAGCAGCUUCGAAUGAUGACCGUUGGUACUGAGACGUUUCAUGAUACUAUGUAUCACUCUGCAAUCGCUUCUCGACUCGCCUCAGAUUUUAAGGCUCGCUCCGAUGAGUAAACUUUCCGGCGCCGGCAGCGUCCGAGUCUGAUGACAGAUUCAAAUAACUUAGCGUGUGUUGUAUUCGUUUUACUUGCAUUUGUUGGAUUGUCUGUAAAAUGUAUUCAUAUUUUAGGUUUUUUAUUAUUAUUAUAAGAUCCAGAUUUUAGGGAUUUGAUAUGCAAGUGUCGUGUAAUGGUUUAGCGUUUUAGCUUAGAUAGUUAUUGAUUUCAACUGAUUCAACCGUUGUGUGUAUAGAAUAAUCAUUUUAAUUUAAGUACUUAAGUAUAAUUGGU